CAAGCGAAGCCCCAGCACAUCCAUUCGGACGAGCGGCAGUUCCCGGAUGUAGCAAAUGGAAGUCCACAGGAUACCCCAGGUGACAGAGGUGAAAUGAAUGCCAAAAGAUGUCGGACUGAAGAAACCCAUGUCUGUGAGAAAUGCUGUGCUGAGUUCUUUGACUUCACUGAACUCCUCGAGCAUAAGAAAAAUUGCACUAAAACACAACCUGUCCUCAUCAUGAAUGACAGUGAAGGGGCGGUGCCCUUAGAAGCCUUCCCUGACAGCUCUGUGAAGACUUUUCCAACCAGCCAAAUGGAUGGUAGGCUGGCUGAGGAGAGUCAUGUAAAGAGCUGCCCAGCUUCGGCAGAAAAGAGAGAAGUGAAAGCUGGAUUGGAACCUUCAGGAAUGACAUAUCUAAAAACAGAGUCCUCCGUUGCCUCCGCAACUCAAGGGCUAAGCUUUUUCCCCAAACCCAAAGUACCAAACACUAACGUGACUUUGCAAACUAUACAUGGCACUAAAGUGGCUGUCAACCAGUGUACCUCAGAGUCUCUCCCUCCCUCCGUGGCUGGUCUCAGUGCCAUCCCAAUGAUCCUGGAGCAGUUGGUGUGCCUACAGCAGCAGCAACUCCAACAACUCCAGCUGACGGAGCAGAUCCGCAUCCAAAUUGCCAUGAUGGCCCCCCAUGUCCUUCAUCCUUCCGUUGCUGCUGCAGAACCCUUCAAAGCUUUGGGGGCUCAUAUGUCCCAGCAGCUGUCAGCUGCUGUUGCUUUAAUUGGACAGAAAGCUGGGAAUCAAAGCCUAUCCCUCGAAUCCUUGAAGCAAGGCAAACUACCUCAUCCAAAUCUCGCUAUUCCGACAGCCGUCUCGGUGGCCGGUGGGCUUGCUCCUGCCCUGUCCUUGAAGCCUGAGGCAGGUCAAAGCUUGCCGGGUUCCAUGUCUCGCUUCCUGAGCCCUUUGCUACCUCAAUCCUCCAGCUCGGCUAUCUUCCAGAAUCCCCUUCCCACUGUCUCCCCAGCCGGCGACCCCUCAAAGAAGGUGAAAGGGAAAGUAGCAAACAUGAGCAUCCCUGAAAGUAAACCAAACCAAGAGGAGUCCUUUUUCAAACACAAGUGCAAGUUUUGCGGCAAAGUCUUUGGCAACGAUAGUGCUCUGCAAAUCCACCUCCGAUCCCACACUGGGGAGAGGCCCUACAAGUGCAACAUUUGUGGCAAUCGUUUCACCACCAAAGGCAAUCUGAAAGUGCAUUUCCAGCGGCAUAAAGACAAGUACCCUCAUAUCAAAAUGAAUCCUUAUCCUGUGCCUGAACACCUAGAUAAUGUGCCCACCAGCACUGGCAUACCGUAUGGCAUGUCUGUCCCACUAGAUGAAUCUAAUCUCAUUGUAGAUUCCAAACCUAUUUCGACCACCUUGCCUGGCUCCGUUGGCUCGGCCUUGCCACCACCAAACACUCCCAACCCUACAAGUAGCAAGGAUCCUUUUACCAACACACCUCUAAGUGAUGCCCAGCCUAGGCCUUCUCCAGAAAGUGAAGGAGAUUCUUCAUCGGGUCCAGCAAGUCAUGAAUCGGGAGCUGAGCAGAACCAGAGCUCUCCGCAGGCUGGCUGCAGUGGGAACACUUUCCACGGGUGCCGGGUUGGUGAGCAAGGCUCUGAAACAACAAAGCUCCAGCAGCUGGUAGAGAACAUUGACAAAGCCACCACUGACCCCAAUGAGUGCUUGAUCUGCCAUAGAGUUCUCAGUUGCCAGAGUUCCCUCAAAAUGCAUUACCGCACUCACACGGGGGAGAGGCCCUUCAAGUGCAAGAUUUGCGGCCGUGCUUUUUCCACCAAAGGUAACCUCAAAACACACUACGGUGUGCACCGGGCAAAUACUCCCUUGAAGAUGCAGCACUCCUGUCCCAUUUGCCAAAAGAAAUUUACAAACGCAGUGGUGCUACAGCAGCACAUUCGUAUGCAUAUGGGAGGGCAGAUCCCCAAUAUCCCAGUGGCGGAAAACACCCAUGAUAAUAAUGACAUGGAGGCUACUUCUGCUGAGAACAAUGGAGAUCCCUGUUGCUUAGAGAUCAAUGAAAGCAUGGAAAUGGAUGAAGACUUGGAAUCACCCAAUGGCCCAAACCAUUCUUCUAAAUCUUGCAAUGCCCAAGCUGAUCCAUCAACAUCUGUUUCUUCCAGUAUUUCAGUGCUAGAAGACCAUAUGAAAAUGGUGAAUUCGGCUUUGACUUUGCAGCGACAAAGCAGUUUGAAGUCGAGUGAUAAUGGGUCUGUGGAGAGCGACGGCAUGACCAAUGAUUCUUCCUCAGUGGCAGGUGAUCUGGACUAUCAAAACGGUAGCCGUAGCCCCAUCACCUCUGAAUCAACUUCCUUCCUGGCCAUGUCUCCAACCAACAGUCAAGCAGAAAGCAUCAGAUCAAAGUCACCAUGUUUUAGUAUCCAAGAAGAUGGAAUAGUGGGAAGUAAGUCCGAAGGCCCUGAAGUCACACCUACAGAGAGAGAAGGCCGUAGCAGUAUCCACCCAUCGUUUAUCAGAGCACCACCAGCUCUCAUAAAAAUGGAGAUGUCUAGCGAUCGACCCAUUAGCACCAGCCAUUUUAUUGCCCCUCCUGCAUUAUCCCCCAGUGUGCCUCCCCUUCUGGUGCCACCCCAUCGCCGUACAGCUAAGCAGCAUAUCUGCACUACGUGUGGUAAGAACUUCUCUUCGGCAAGUGCUCUUCAGAUCCACGAGCGAACACACACAGGGGAAAAGCCAUUUGCGUGCACCAUCUGUGGAAGAGCUUUCACCACAAAGGGGAAUCUCAAGGUCCAUGUUGGGACUCACAUGUGGAACAAUUCUGCCAGACGUGGAAGAAGACUGUCCAUUGAUAACCCAAUGGCUUUGCUUGGCAAUGAUUCAAAGAAGGUAUCAGAAAUGUUCCCUAAAGAUGCAGUGACCCCUUCGGUGAGCCUUGAUCCAUCAGCAUGGAACCAGUACGCUGCAGUGCUCAGUAAUGGCUUAGCCAUGAAAACCAAUGAGAUCUCUGUGAUCCAAAGUGGGGGCAUCCGUUCUCUUCCAAACACCGUAGGAGGAAGUCCAGCAAUCAAUGUAGCAAUGAAUUCUGCCACCGUUUCCAAGGCGGAUAGUUCCCAGGCUGUGAUUGGCUCAGAGAUGGAGAAGCCAAACAGCACCGCUGAAGACAAUGUGCCAAAACACCAAUUCCCUCACUUCAUAGAAGAGAACAAAAUUGCUGUUAAUUAA